ACUCUGCCAGCCUGAGCCUCCCCCGCCGGGCCUCCCAGCCCCUCACUAUGGCGGCUCCCGGGCUGCUGAGGAGACUGCGCCUGGGGCAGUUUCUGCUGGCGGUGGUGCUAGCCUUGAACUUGGCCGCCGUCCGGGCCCAGCAGACGCCGCGCACCCCAGAGCGGGGGCCCCCGGUGCGGCUCUUUACAGAGGAGGAGCUGGCCCGCUACGGCGGGGAGGAGGAAGACCAGCCCAUUUACCUGGCAGUGAAAGGAGUAGUAUUUGAUGUCACUUCUGGAAAGGAGUUCUAUGGGAGGGGAGCACCAUACAAUGCCCUGGUUGGGAAAGACUCCACAAGAGGGGUGGCCAAGAUGUCUUUGGAUCCUGCAGACCUCACACAUGAUACUACUGGACUCACAGAAGAAGAACUGAAGUCCUUGGAUGAUGUCUUCACUAACGUGUACAAAGCCAAAUAUCCUAUUGUUGGCUACACAGCACGCCGAAUCCUAAAUGAAGAUGGCAGCCCCAACCGGAACUUCAAGCCAGAGGACCAGCCCCAUUUUGACAUUAAGGACGAGUUCUGACAGUCUGUAGAGUAAAUGCCUGUGGAGAAGAGGCCAAACACAGAGGGCAGGGUACAGCCUUCUGCAUUAACUGACGACUGAGUGAAGUAACUUCAUACCUCAGAAGUACUCAAAGUAGCCCAGUCUGGAAUCUCUGAAUAACUUUUUGAUAUGAAUAAAAUUAAUUUUUACAUAGAACAUU